AUAAACUCGUGCAAGAGUUGAUAGCCAGACAAGAGCGAUGACAGCUGACGAGGGCUGACCCGAAAGUUCAGUGAGCUGUGCCUGGCAGGAUUUGCGCCCAAAUAUCAAACUGCAUACGCCUGCGAAGGUAAGCAACUGACCAUCGAAUGCGAACCGGGUGACCUAAUCAACCUGAUACGAGCCAACUACGGCCGCUUCUCGAUCACCAUAUGCAAUGAUCAUGGCAACGUUGAGUGGAGCGUCAAUUGUAUGUUUCCCAAAAGUCUCACCGUGCUGAACUCAAAAUGCUCGCACAAGCAGAGCUGCAGUGUUCUGGCAGCCACCAGCAUGUUCGGUGACCCCUGUCCUGGCACACACAAAUAUUUGGAGGCGCAUUAUCAAUGCAUUUCGGCGGCACAGACGUCGACGACCACAAAUAGGCCAAGUCCCCCACCGUGGGUGCUUAGCAACGGACCGCCCAUCUUUGGCAAUGGUAGCGGUCUGAUACAAGUACCGCCACCCCUACCACCGCGUCUGCCCAGCCUGCCUGGCGUUGUGGGCAUUCAUGGCAUCAAUGCAGUGCAGCCCACACAUUCGACGCCCAGCAGCAGCACAGCUGCGCUGCCUGGAGGCCGACUCAAGGGCGUUACUAGCGCAACUACCAAGCAUCCAGGUGGUCGGCACGAUGGCCUGCCGCCCCCACCUCAAUUGCAUCAUCAUCACCAUCACACGGACGAGACCGUACCCACCAAACCUAGCAGCAGUAGCAGCAGCAACAGCGGCAGCGCUGGCAAUGUUACAUCUCCAUCCAAUACGCGGAUAUUGACGGGCGUCGGUGGUGCUGGCAGCGAUGAUGGCACGUUGCUCACAACCAAGAGUUCUCCGAAUCGCACUCCAGGCACAACUGCCAGUGCGGCCAACAACAGCGUUAACAUCGGUGGUGCUGGUACUGGCAGUGUGGUGCGCACCAUAAACAACAUCAAUUUGAAUGCGGCUGGCAUGGGCACAGAUGAUGAGUCCAAAUUGUUUUGCGGUGCCAUGCAUGCGCGCAAUCUGUUCUGGAACAUGACGCGCGUGGGCGACGUUAAUGUCCAGCCGUGUCCAGGCGGUGCUGCUGGCAUUGCCAAGUGGCGUUGUGUCCUGAUGAAACGUUUGCCCGACUCGGGCGACGAUGAAUACGACGAUGAUUUGCCAGCUGCCAGCAGCACAACACCCCAACCGUCCAACAACGGAGGCGAUUGCGUGCACAACAGCAGCAGCUGCGAGCCGCCAGUUAGCAUGGCACAUAAGGUCAACCAACGCCUUCGCAACUUUGAGCCCACGUGGCAUCCACUCACCCCAGACUUGACACAAUGCCGGAGUCUUUGGCUAAACAGCCUCGAGAUGCGUGUUAACCAACGCGAUUCGUCUUUGACGUCGAUCGCCAACGACCUAUCGGAGGUGACCAGCAGCAAGACGCUCUAUGGCGGCGACAUGCUCGUCACCACCAAGAUCAUACAAACCAUGUCUGAGAAGAUGCUGCACGAUAAGGAAACCUUUCCCGAUCAGCGACAGCGCGAAGCUAUCAUUAUGGAGUUGCUGCAUGGCGUUGUCAAAACGGGCUCCAAUUUACUAGACGAAUCGCAACUGUCCUCUUGGCUAGAUCUCAAUCCGGAGGAUCAGAUGCGAGUGGCCACCUCUCUGCUAACUGGUCUUGAGUACAAUGCCUUUCUGCUGGCCGAUACGAUCAUCAGGGAGCGCAACGUCGUACAGAAGGUCAAGAAUAUAUUGCUCUCUGUUCGCGUAUUGGAAACAAAAACAAUUCACGGCAGUGUCGUAUUUCCCGACUCUGAUCAAUGGCCGCUUAGCUCCGAUCGCAUUGAGUUGCCACGCACAGCUCUCCUCGAGAAUAGCGAAGGUGGUUUGGUGCGCAUUGUAUUCGCAGCGUUUGAUCGACUCGAAUCCAUACUAAAGCCCAGCUACGAUCAUUUCGAUUUAAAAAGUGCACGUAGCUAUGUGCGAAAUACAGCUAUUUUAUCGAAUGACAGUGAUGCAGCUACUGGAGACAUGCAGCAACGCAUUCGCAUACUCAACAGCAAGGUGAUCUCGGCCAGCUUGGGCAAGGGCCGACAUAUACAACUCUCGCAGCCGAUCACACUAGUGCUAAAGCACUUGAAAACCGAGAAUGUCAGCAAUCCCACCUGUGUCUUUUGGAACUAUAUUGACCAUGCCUGGUCGGCCAAUGGCUGCAGUCUCGAGUCGACGAAUCGCACGCACAGCGUCUGCAGCUGCAAUCAUUUGACAAAUUUUGCCAUACUUAUGGAUGUUGUCGAUGAGCAUCAGCACUCGCUGUUCACCAUGUUCGAUGGCAAUAUGCGUAUAUUUAUCUAUAUUAGCGUUGCGAUUUGCGUGGUUUUCAUCAUCAUUGCGCUGCUCACGCUGAAGCUCUUCAAUGGCGUCUUCGUUAAGUCUGCUCGCACCUCGAUCUAUAGCAGCAUUUACAUUUGCCUGCUGGCCAUUGAGCUGCUCUUUCUGCUGGGAAUUGAACAGACCGAAACAAGCAUAUUUUGUGGGUUCAUAACCGUCUUUCUGCACUGUGCCAUACUCUCGGGCACCGCCUGGUUUUGCUAUGAAGCCUUCCAUUCGUACUCCACGCUCACCUCCGAUGAGCUGCUGCUGGAAGUGGAUCAAACGCCAAAGGUGAACUGCUAUUAUCUGUUGUCCUACGGCCUCUCACUCAGUGUGGUGGCCAUUUCGCUGGUAAUCGAUCCCAGUACAUAUACGCAAAACGAUUACUGUGUCCUCAUGGAAGCCAAUGCGCUCUUUUAUUCCACCUUUGUGGCGCCCGUCUUGAUAUUCUUUGUGGCGGCUAUUACCUAUACCUUUUUGUCGUGGAUCAUCAUGCGUCGCAAGAGUCGAACUGCCCUGAAGACCAAGGAGCACACGCGAUUAGCCAAUGUGCGGUUCGACAUACGCUGCUCGUUUGUCUUUCUAUUGCUGCUUAGCGUCGUUUGGUGCUGUGCCUACUUCUACUUGCGUGGCGCAAAGCUAGACGAGGACGGCGCUCCUAUCUACGGCUACUGCUUCAUCUGUUUCAACACACUGCUAGGCAUCUAUAUAUUCGUAUUCCAUUGCAUACAGAACGAGAAAAUUCGACGAGAAUAUCGCAAAUACGUGCGCCAACAUGCCUGGCUGCCGAAAUGCCUGCGUUGCUCGAAGACAUCCAUCUCCUCGGGUGUGGUGGCUGGUAAUGGCGGCCCAGGAGUCGGAAAUACUGCCAAUCAGUCUGCCGGCACACUCUCCAAAUCAAAGUCGAAAUUGCCGCUGGGCGCGGGCGACGAAGCUCGCGAUGGGGAUGCACAGCAGCAGCAACACGAUCUGCCAGCUGCCGAGGAUGCCAUCAUUAUGGGCGCUGGCUCUGACUGUGAGCUAAACGAAGCGCAGCAGCGUCGCACACUCAAGAGCGGACUCUUAACGGGCAGCUUGCAGCCAGCUCCAGUUGGAGCGGUUGUGCUCGAGCGGAACACGUUGCGUUCCACUGGAAUGGCUAGCGUGGGGCAUGCAUCGCCAACCAGCUCAGCUGGUUCCACGCACUUGAUCUUUGCACACAAGCAACAACAGCAGCAGCAGCAGCAGUUGCAGCAACCGGGCGAAACGUACUAUCAUCAGCCAGACUACUACAGCUGGAAACAUCCGCCGGGAGGUCAACGUGAAUACUAUAACAAUGCUGGCGGUGCAGUUGGAGCAGCUGUGGGUGGAGUAGGAGGCGCCUCGCCGCAGCAAGCGCAUGAGGUAUUUUAUUGGACACAGAAACAUAACAACCAGCACGGCAAGAAAAAGCGCGGAGGCGGGGCCGGAGCUGUGCCCGCCUCUCCUAGCGGAUCUCUUCACAGUCGUGCCACGGCCACCUCGCAGGUUUUGUUUUACCCAUCGUAUAAGAAGACCACCGGCAUGAAACAGGGUCCGCCACCACAACAAGCGUAUCCACACUAUGCUGAGGCCCUGGACCCACCCAAUGCAGCUUACUACCAGCAGCAGCUACAGCAACAACAGUUGCGCCAGCAACGCCAACAGCAGCAACAACAGCUAUCCUCGGAUGAGGAGCAGGCGGAACAGCAUGCACACCUAUUGCACUUGCAGCACCAGCAGAGACGUGUGGGUGGACAGCAAUUGCCAGCGCCGCCGCCGCACAUGGCGCAGUACCAACAGGAGUUGUUAGCACAACAACAACGCCAACAGUAUAGAAAUAAGCAUUCCAACUGUGAUCUUAGCCAGGGCAUGGGCUUAGGAAUAAACAUGGGCAUGGGCCAUGGCGAUGCCUAUUACAAUCAAGGCGGCAGCAGCAAUGGCGGCGGCGAUGCUGGUGGGCCUGUCUACGAGGAGAUUCUGAGUAACCGAAACUCGGAUGUGCAGCACUAUGAAGUGGGCGACUUUGAUGUGGAUGAAGUGUAUAACAACAGCGUUGGCACGGGGGUCUUCAACAAUAUGCGCGCCGCAGUAGCUGCCGGAGGAAGUCGCUAUGGUGGUGGCAGUCUAAGCGGAGGCAGUGUUACCUCCAGAAGUCAACAGCAGCAGCAGCAGCAACUGAAGCAGAAGCAGCCGCCACGACGUUGUGCAGCGGAUGAUGAUGAUGACGAUGACGAUGAUGAUGAUGAGUAUGAUGACGAGGUGACAGCAGCGGAACAGCUGCACGACAGCGUCUGUGAUGAUGAGGAUAAUGAGAGCGAUAUUGAUGAUGAUACGCACGGAUUGCCACCUCAAAGUGAUGAGCGAAUGCGUCGCCUAAUGGCGCUCCAAGACGAGGAUUUUAAACGGCGGUUUCAACGCCAGCAGAGAAAGAAUGGUAUGCCCCUUGAUUAUGGAGCAUCGGUCCAAUCUGCAGCAGCAGCCCACCCAGACCACAAUGGCGCGGUUUUUGGGGUUAGCGGCGGCGUUGGUGAGGGCUCCAUGCGUGGCGCAUACCGGCAGCAACAGACUGCCAAGUCGCCGAACGCACGCUUGGCGGUAAAUGAGCUGUUUGGCCAUGGUAAUGCAGGACCGCCGCUGCCACCGGCCAAUCAGACGCCAGCACAGAAGCGUCAGCAGUUACAAAAACUAUCACCACAGUCCACAACAUCAUCGUCGUCGCACACAUCGCACAGCAAUCCCCAGCAUGCUCCUGCACACCAUCUCCAACACCAUCACACUCAACAACAACAGCAGCAGCAGCAACAGGCUCGUCACCUAUCAGCCAUGUUGGAUGAGAAUAAUACCGUGCGCUGCUAUCUGGAACCGUUGGCUAAGUAAGCAGAGUAGCAAGGAAUAGUAGCCAAUAGCAUCAGCAGCAGCAGCAGCAGCAGCCCUCCACACCUUGCAUGGCAGGCAGCAGCCGAUCGUUGUCUUAGGCAAAAAUUGUAGCUUAGGUUUAGCUAUACCUCUAGUAUUAGUCAUUAGUCGAAAUAUGGAGCAUUGUGUGAAACAACAUGCUGUCAUGUCAUGCUAUACGUGCAGUGAUUCGAGAAUCCCAAAACUUUAUAUGUAUAUGUAACUCAAUUAGACCAUAGGCUAAACAACCAAGCAACCAACCAACAAACCAAGCAACCAAUGCGGAGCAAAACAAAUGCAAUAUGCUAAUGAAAUGGAUAUUGUCGAUGCUCACAAUUUAUACCAACUCGAUAUAUAAAUGUAUGUACUGUAUGUAUAUGUAUAAUGUAAUAUGUAAUGUAUAACGUAUGUGAAGCGCAUACAGGUCACCCACAUGCCAUUUUUAAGUAGGAUACCAAUAGCAUUACACCAUAUGUGUAUAUGUGUGUAAGAUCUGAGAACUGUAUGUAAAUGAUAUUUAGGGCGAGCAUAUUAUAUAUUUUAUGUAAUUUAUAAGGCAUAUAUAUUGUUUAUUUGAUUUUUUGCUAAUUAAUAUUUUUUAAGAAAACUUUUGUUUGUUUUGGCAAUAUUUUUUAUUCAGACACAGACUGUGUUUUUAUUGCUGAAGAUUUGUUUUCAAAUUUAUGGCAACAAAAACGUGUAUUUGGCUUUCAUUGAACGUGCUGUAAAUUAAGCUUAGGUGCACGAAAACUCGUUUCAAACGCUGAAAUGUAAACAAUUCUUUUGCAGAUUUGAAAAUGAUUUAACUUAUUCAAUUUUUUGCCAUUUGUUAUUGCAUUUCUUUUGAACUUACUUUAAGGGAACCAGCAAAGCAUUUCAAGUGUAAAUUUUCAUCAAUAUGCUUAAAGCACAAUUAUAGGGCAUUUAUUUUUUACAACUGUUCAUUUCUGUCAAUGAAAUUAUUAGAGCGCUUUACUAUGCGAACGAGACUAGAAAAAAAGUCAAAUGUCUUUAGAAUUAGCAAUGCAAGAAAGGAAAACCGAAACAGUAAAACAAAUAUACCUACUUAUCUAGUAAAGAAAGAUUUCAACCAAACCUCACUUGUUAACUAGGAACUAACUGUAAAACUCUAAACUAGCUAACACAAAACUGAACUAUAAAAGAGACACCUCUGUUUCCCGAUAUACAUAUAUAUAUAUAUAUAUAUAUAUAUAUAUAUAUAUAUAUAUAUAUACAAUUAAAUAUAUAUAUGGCUCUAGAUAAUUUCCACGCAUGUGUACAAAAAACCAAAUAAAGACAAAAGCAAAGUGCAAAAAAAGAAACAUAAUAUUACUCUAAAUAUUACUAUUAAAUAUAUACUGCCUGCACAGCUCUCUCCUCAACCCAGCAAGAAUAAAAAUUACCAUUAAAUAUAAUAAAUCAAGCCUAAUUCAAAGCCAUUUAGAAAACAGCAAAAUAAGAAAAGAUAACUUAUAAUGAGCACAAAUACACUCACUCACACACACAGAAAAAUUACUUCUAAGGCACGAGAUGCUUCUAAAUUUUAUAAAGAUAAAAAAAAAAUUGAAAUGAAAUCACAUAAGUUUACUACAGCAUUAAAUUUAAAUAGGUGUAAUGGAAUGCAGUUUAGGGCAAAGCAGCAGCUGGUUUAAGUUAAAUCAAGAGAAACUAAAUAAAAAUAUAUAUUAAAAACAAAAGAAACGAAAGAAAAACAGAAAUAUUGAAUGUAUAGUGUUGCGCCUCCUAGUACUUUAAAUAUAUAAUUGAUCAAGAAUAUAUUUAUAUAUAUAUAUCUGAUAUAAGUAUAUAUGUAAAUGGAUAUUUAUGAUUAUAAUGCAAAGCAAAUGCCGAUAUCUAUAUAAUACUUCUUUUUGUCUCUACAUGUUUACUUUUGGAUGGAAAUGUAACAAUUACAGCAAAUAGCAAAGAUGAAAUGAACUCAAACUGUAUGGAAUAAAAAUGUUAAUGUACACAAUUUUUCUAAUUAAGACAAAUAAAGAAGGAAAUUAAAUGCA